AUGGAAAUUGUAUCCGGCUGCACCAAAGCGUUUGCAUGUCUGUCUCCUUUUGAGGAGCUUGUAGGUUUCUUCCCCCUCUUCAGCUCGUACAUCUACGGACUCCCCACGGACGUUCCCUCCAUCCGGCAGGCCACCGCCUCUGUUCUUCAGGGGUUCCUCGAAGAUGGUGUAGUCGCAGAAAAGUAUCGUGGCAGGGUCGUGGGCUUGGACUUCUGCGGGGAUCUCUCAGCACGCCCGAACGGACAGAUCUCCGUCUUCACCCCCAUCUUCCAGAGAGUAAGCUUACCGAUAACGGUGCACUUUGGUGAGUACGCCGCGAGUGGUUCACCCGAGGAGCUCGAGACUCUGCUCUCAUGGUACCCGAGAAGGCUAGGCCAUGCGAUUUGCCUGGAUGAGCAGAGGAAGGUGAUCAAGGAGAGGGGCUUAUGUCUCGAGCUCCUCUUGAGCUGCAAUGUGCAGGCCGGUAUGACCCAGGGGGGAUUUGCGAACCAUCAUUUUGGAGAGUGGUUGGCUUGUGACCGUGUGAAGGUUUCACUCGGGACUGACGAUGUUGGAGUUUUCGGGAGUGGACUCUCUAACGAGUACCGACUAGCCUCAGAGCAUUUCGGGCUCGAUCAGAAGCAAAUCUGCACAUUAGCCAGGCAAGGUAUUGAGGCGAUAUUCGGCGGCGAGGAAGAAAAGGAGAGACUGCGACAAGUCAUGUGGAUAUAA